CAAUUUUCCCUGAAAUAAAAGGCUGGAUCGACCCGUACCCAACUUCCAACACAAAGCCCCUGUGUACGUACGUGCAGAACGAGAGAGGGAUCUAUCCAUGGAGACAGCCGCCUGCUGGAUCGAGCGCCUGCCGGAGGAGCUCCUAGCGGCGGUGAUCUCCCUCACGUCGCCUCCCGACGCCUGCCGCAUCGCUGCAGUCUCCCGGGCUUUCCUCGCCACCGCGGACUCCGACGACGUCUGGUGCCGCUUCCUGCCCGGCGAUCUCCCACGGUUCGUCGACGCCUACGAAAGCUUUCUCAUGGCGCUGCCGUCGUGCAAGGCGCGGUUCCUGCGUCUCUCCGACGACCCCGCCCUCCUCUUAGGCAGAGUCACGGUAUGUUACGGUCCGGCCCUCCCCUCUCCAUGGCAGGCAGCAAUCUUACUCCCGCACUCCAUCUCCCUCCCUGCUUCUUCUUCGAUCAAUUAA